AUGGUGCUACUAAAUUACAAUACAGCAACUUGCUCCCUGAUGGUCAUGGAUCUGAAUGCACUCAAAUCACUGCCUGAUGCAAACACAGAAAUGUGCCCUACUACUCCAAGACGACAAAACCAAUAUUGUGAAGAAAGCAACAGAAGCAACGAUACUAAGAAGGGAUCCUUUGCAGAAAAGAAAGAAUAUGGGGUCAUGGAAGAAGCCGGUAAUAAUGAAUCAGUACAAGAUCAUCAAACGAGCAAUGGUGGGAGAAAUAGUAGAAGCAGUACUACUAGUGGGUCUUAUAAUGGACCUCACUUAGAAACUUAUACUUUCAAGAGUAAUCUGAAGAAAACUACUGCUACAGUUGGGGAAAAUCUAGCAGGGAAAGAUCAUCAAAAGAAGAAAGUGAGUUGGCCUGAUGUUGCUCAUGGCACAGAUAUUGCUCAUGUUCUUGAAUUUGAACCAAGGUAA